AUGGAGAUUGAUAAAUCAAACUCGAAAACCACCAAACAUUACAAUGACAAUCAUGCACAAGUCACGUCCGUGCUGCCGGAUGGCGACGUGCCAUAUACGGACCAUGAAAUGGAUGCCGACGAGCGAGUGAUCAUGGCCCUGGGUUAUAAGCAGGAAUUCAAGCGCGAGUUCUCCUUGUGGACGACCUUUUGUGUCAGUUUUGCGGUUCUCGGUCUUUUGCCUUCGUUUGCGAGUACCCUGUACUACGGAAUGGGAUAUGCAGGGACGGCCGGCAUGGUGUGGGGAUGGAUCAUCGCCAUGACCUUCAUUCAAUGCAUCGCAAUGUCGAUGGCAGAAUUAUGCUCGGCAAUGCCAACGAGUGGUGGGCUAUACUACGCAGCCGCUGUUCUCGCACCCCCGGGAUAUGGACCUUUUGCAGCCUGGCUGACUGGAUGGUCUAAUUUCCUAGGCCAGAUAACAGCAGCGCCAUCUGUCGACUACGCGUUAGCUGCCAUGAUUCUUGCCGCGGGUUCCAUCACCAACCCCGACUACGUGCCCACGAACUGGCAGACAUUCCUCCUCACGACAUUGAUCAUGAUCAUCCACGCCGCUAUAAGCAGUAUGCCAACCAAACGUGUUGCACAAUUCAACUCUUGGGGAUCCACUUUCAACAUUCUCGCGCUGAUUGUCGUUCUCAUCGCAAUCCCGGCAGGAACAAGCAACAGCCCCAAAUUCACGCCCUCCAAACGAGUAUGGGGCGAGAUAACCAACCAAACCGACUUCCCCGACGGUGUCGCCGUUCUCAUGACCUUUGUCGGGGUUAUAUGGACCAUGAGCGGAUAUGAUUCUCCCUUCCACCUCAGUGAGGAGUGUUCGAAUGCGAACAUCGCCUCACCGCGAGCCAUCGUCCUCACCUCCGGCGUCGGAGGUCUGAUGGGCUGGUUUCUCCAACUCGUCGUCGCAUAUACAGUUCUCGAUAUUGAAGCCGUCAUCGACUCCGACCUGGGCCAGCCCUGGGCCUCGUACCUUCUACAGGUAAUGCCGCAGAAGGCAGCCUUGGGGAUCCUGGGAUUGACCAUUAUCUGCGGAUUCUCCAUGGGCCAGGGAUGUAUGGUUGCCGCAUCGCGCGUGACCUACGCUUACGCCCGCGACGAUGUUUUCCCACUCUCGAAUAUCUGGAAGAAGGUCAAUGGGUACACACACACGCCUGUCAACGCGGUGAUUCUCAACGCCGUCCUGGGUAUCAUCAUGACUUUGCUCAUUUUGGCGGGGUCUGUCGCCAUCGGGGCCCUCUUUUCCAUCGGUGCCAUCGCGCAAUUCAUUGCUUUCUGCAUUCCUAUCUCUAUUCGUGUAUUCUUCGUUGGAAACCGCUUUCGCAAGGGUCCCUGGAAUCUCGGCCCGUAUGGUACUUAUAUUGGAGGACUAGGUGUCGCAUUUGUUCUUCUAAUGUUUCCCAUAUUGUGUCUUCCGAGCGUGACUGGUUCUGACCUCGGUCCGGAUCUCAUGAAUUGGACUGCAGUCGUUUACGGAGGACCGAUGCUGAUGGUGAUUAUUUGGUGGUUUGUUGAUGCGAGAUCGUGGUUCACUGGCCCCGUCGUGAACGUAGCCCAUGCCAUCCACCAUGUCGAGCAGGAGCCGGAGGUUAGCGAGGGAAUCGAGCCUGAGCAUCAGGAACCAGAAGCCACAGUCGUUUCUAAGUCGGUGGAUGAUGCUUGUAGUUAG